UUUAUCCAACCUCACACCAUUCCACAGGAAUCCAAGAAACCAUAUUACCUGAGCCCAUGGGAUCUUGCCAUGCUCUCCGCCCAAUACAUCCAAAGAGGCCUUCUCUACGCCAAGCCUCCGGCAGCCCACGGCGGCGCCAGCGCCCACUUCAUCCACACUCUUCUCCUAAAGCUCAAACGCUCGCUGUCCAUUGCCCUUGUUCAUUUCUACCCACUCGCCGGACAACUCGCAACAAUUCAAUACGAAGACGAAGGCACUUGCCUCGUUUAUGUGGACUGCAACAACAGCCCCGGAGCCAAAUUCAUCCACGCCAGUCUCCACAUGACCAUUUCCGACAUUCUCUCACCCACCGAUGUUCCGUUAAUUGUCCAAUCUUUCUUUGACCAUGACAGAGCCCUCAACCACGACGGCCAUUCCAGGCCGUUGCUGUCAGUUCAGGUGACGGAAUUACAGGACGGCGUCUUCAUUGGGUGUUCCAUAAACCACUGCAUAGUCGACGGAACCUCUUUUUGGCAUUUCUUCAACAUGUGGUCUGAAAUAUUCGAAGCAGAGGAUGAAAAUAUUUCAAUCUCACGCCCACCGAUACUCCAGCGGUGGUUCCCGAAAGCCCAUGGUCCAAUUCUCAAACUCCCAUUCACCCACCCGGAUCAGUUUAUUACCAGAUUCGAAGCGCCCCAACUGAGGGAAAGAAUGUUCCAUUUUUCUUCAGAAUCCCUGGCCAUUMUCAAAGCCAGAGCAAACGCAGAGUACAGAACCGACAAAAUCUCCUCCUUCCAAUCCUUAUCAGCGCUGGUAUGGAGAAGCAUAACGCGAGCCUGGGGGCUUCCACCGGAUGAGACCACCGGCUGCAAAUUGGCAAUAAACAACAGAUCCAGACUGAAGCCACCGUUACCCGAAAAUUACUUUGGGAAUUCAAUUCAAACGGUGAGAGGAGUGGCGAAGGUKAAGGAACUGUUGGAARARAAUCUUGGAUGGGCGGCGUGGAAAUUGCACGAAGCUGUGGUGAAUCACAGCGACGAUGCSGUGAGAGMUYWCAUGAACAAGUGGGUGGAAUCUCCGUUCGUGUACCAAAUUGGCCAAUUGUUCGAUCCGUYGAGCGUUAUGUUUGGAAGCUCGCCGAGAUUCAACAAGUACGGGAACGUGUUUGGAAUGGGUAAGGCGUUGGGGCUUAGAAGUGGGUACGCCCACAAAUUCGACGGGAAAGUGUCGUGUUACCCAGGAUCUGAGGGAGGAGGAAGCAUAGAUCUGGAGCUGUGUCUUCAACCAGAUUUCAUGGCUGCUCUCGAGUCUGAUGAGGAAUUCAUGAAUGCUACAACUCCACACCCCCCU